UGUAGUUCAAUUGCAACGUGUAAGGGAGGAGUGUGAUAAAGGGGUUGAAGUCCUGCUGGCAGGAGUUUCUGAGUUCAGACUGCACACAGACAAGAAGUGCGUCAGAUCCAAGUCUUAGUUCGCCACCAUGGCUCAAUACACUCGUAUUUCGGGGUCUGUCGGCUUGAUAACUCUCAAAAACCCGCCUGUUAAUGCACUCAGUGCGGUGGUGAGACAAGGCAUCGUUGACUCGGUGGAGAGAGCACUCGGUGAACCAGAAGUGAAGUGUUUGGUCAUCUGUGGCCAGAGUGGAAAAUUCUGUGGAGGAGCGGACAUCAGGGAGUUUGGGAAAAAGAUGACUGGUCCUCCACUGAUACCGGUGUUCCAUGCCAUCGAGGCUGCAGCCAAGCCGGUGGUGGCAGCCAUAGAGGGGAUUGCUUUAGGUGGAGGUCUUGAGUUAGCGCUUGGCUGUCAUUAUCGAAUCGCACACUCUAAAGCCAAACUGGGGCUUCCAGAGGUGACUCUGGGUCUGCUGCCAGCUGCAGCGGGAAGCCAGCGUCUGCCAAGACUCAUUGGUGUCCCCGCUGCCUUAGACCUCAUCACCACGGGUCGUCACGUGACUGCUGCUGAGGCACUGCAACUUGGAAUCGUGGAUCAGGUUACUGAUCACAAUACUGUGGAUGCAGCUGUGAAGUUUGCCUUGAGUGUUGCAGGACAGUCGUUGGAUGCACGUCGUAUUAGCACUUUUCCGUGCCCACGCCUCUCUAAUUUGGAUGCUGUGUUUGAGGCAGCGAUGCAGAAGGUGCGUCAAGCUGCCCGUGGAGCCAUAGCACCAAUUGCAUGUGUCCAGGCGGUUCGUGCAGCAGCCACCCUGCCCUACGCUCAGGGUUUGGAGCGGGAGAAAGAGCUGAUGGCCACUCUCUUCACCUCAGGCCAAGCCCGUGCUCUCCAGUACAGUUUCUUUGCUCAGAGAGCAGUCGGCAGGUGGAGCAUGCCCAGUGGAGCCCGGUGGGACACCAGCAAGCCCAAGCCUAUACGUAAAGCAGCUGUCAUUGGUCUUGGUACCAUGGGAAGAGGCAUAACCGUGGGUCUCGCACAGGCAGGUUUGUCUGUGGUUGCCGUGGAGACCCAGGAGAAGCAGCUGAUGGAGGCAAAGCAAGCAGUAUCUGGUAUGUUGGAGCGAGGGGCUAAGAAACGGGGGGUGAGUCCUCCUCUUGGUAACAUCAGUUACAGCAGUAACAUCAAAACUGUUGGAGAUGUUGACCUGGUCAUCGAAGCUGUGUUUGAGGACAUGGCUCUGAAGAAGGAGGUCUUUCAGCAGCUGUCUGCCGUUUGUAGACCAGGUACAUUCCUGUGCACAAAUACGUCUGGAUUGGACAUAGACGACCUGGCCUCUCAAACCCCCAACCCAGAGCUGGUGGUUGGGAUGCAUUUUUUUGCUCCAGCCCAUGUUAUGAAGCUGCUGGAAGUGGUGUACGGACCACGAUCAUCUCCUCAAGCUGUGGCCACUGCCAUGCAACUGGGGAAAGUAAUAGGAAAAGUCAGUGUGGCAGUUGGAAACUGCCAAGGCUUUGUGGGGAACCGCAUGCUGUCACCAUACCUGAGUCAAGCUAAUUUCCUGCUGGAAGAGGGAGCCACACCUGAGUUUGUAGAUCAAGUGCUGGAGGAGUUUGGAUUUGCAAUGGGUGCAUUCAGGAUGUCCGACCUCUCUGGGCUCGAUGUAGGCUGGAGAGUCAGGAAGGCAGCUGGGCUGGUGGUGCCAGGGCAGCCAGCUAGAAUGAGGCAAGGGUGCAGGUACAGCCCCCUCGGAGACCUGCUGUGCGAGCAGGGACGGUUUGGUCAGAAAACAGGCAGUGGAUGGUAUCAGUAUGACAAACCCGGCAGUCGGGUGGCAAAGCCUGACCCUUGGCUGCACAGCUUUCUGGAGGAGUACCGAACCCGUCAUGGCUUGGUGGCUCGCCGCAUCGAUCACCAGGAGGUGCUGGAGCGCUGUCUGUAUUCCCUAAUCAAUGAGGGCUUCCGCAUCCUGGAGGAGGGAAUAGCUGCAGGGCCUGAAGACAUCGAUGUCAUCUACGUGUUAGGCUACAGCUGGCCCAGGCACCGUGGAGGCCCCAUGUUCUACGCUGACAUGGUGGGGCUGACCAGGGUCCUGGAGAGGCUGGAGUUCUACCACCAGGCUCACCCUGAUGUGCCCAGCCUGCAGCCCUGCAACCUGCUCAGGAAGCUGGUGGCCAGUGGCAGCCCACCUAUCCACAGGUGGAGGGAAGUCAUCAAGAAAGUCCACAGCCAGCUUUAAACAACACGUCAGCUUUAAGCAACACAUCAGCUUUAAUACUUUAAUACAGUUGUGUGAUUUUAUACUCUGAUAAACAUAAUGGACAGUGGAUUUAUAUUGCACUUUCUAAUCUAAUAAUGACGAUUGAUUGUUUUAAUAUAGUGUUGUCAUGGGUGAUUUUGUAGGAGGCUCUACUGUGAACACUGAGUUACCAGUUUAUUAGGAACACCUGUGCAAUCAAAUGUAGAAAACAAACCAAAACAAUCAAAAUAUUCUCUUUGUGCACAUGUUUGUAUCAGAGAAGUUUAUCCACUUAACUUUAUUAUCAAAAUCAGGAAAUCAGGAAAUUGCUUUGUCACAGUUUCUCACUACACAUUAAAAAUAGAGGACAUCUUAAUAAAACCAGAGCCUAAAAUAUAAUUAUAAUAAUUAUAAAAAUGACACAUUAAGUGAAGUGAAAAUGUACAAAAGUUCGGACGUGCUGCACAAGGUGUAAUCACCGUAUGAACAAAGUGCACAAAUGGACACGUGCAGAUAGAUUAACAUUUAUUUUAAGAGGAAAUUACUCAUCAUGUGCAAAUAAAUGAAAAGUGUAACGUGAGUUGGUAUUGAAUUAACAUUACUUUAACAGAGAUGUGAAUAAAGAGAGUAAUUUUACAAUAAUUGAAAUGUACUUUGGCAUUAAUGGCAGUUGACUGUAGAAGUCAUAAAAAUCACACAGCUACAGCAGAAAGUGCAGGAACUGAAUUUGUGGAUAGAAAGAGCUCCUGUGGUGAACAGCAGAUUAUGACUCUGUGCCUGAACAUACUCCUCAGCUCUGAUGGAGAAAAGUUUUAAUGACAUUCUCCUCUACACUCUACACACAUUGUUUCUAAUAUUUUGUGUGAAGGUGUGGACAAAUUACUAGAAAUACUUCUCUGCCAUCGUGUCAAAAGACAUAAACACAACAGAAUUGGGAUUAUUGUACUGCGAUGAAUGAAGUUGUACAAAUAUAUCUAUCAAAGUGGCAAUUCGCUGUACAGUGAGAUAUAAGAAACACUAAAAUGCAAAGCUGUGAAUGUAUUGCCUUCCUCUGUAAUAAAAGAUUUGCUAUAAUUACCUCCCUGAAGACUCUGUGCAGUUAAGCCUUGGGUUUCGAUAAUUCAUCACAUUUUAGUAAAUCAUGCAGAAAAUAGUAACAUUUGCAUGCAAAUAAGGGUAUGUUUUCUGAUUUUACUGCAUCACUAGUAAUCAGUUAUGUAUAAUACAUAUUGGUACAUUUACAGCAUACACAAUAUGGUCUGAUAUCUUAAUAAAGACAUAUUGUUAGA